AUGGGGCAUCAUGCAAUCCCAAAGAGUUUUGUGAGGACCUGGAUUGUAUUUCUUCUUUGUUUAUGGGACGUGUCGUCUGGUAAGAUUGUGUUUUCCAUCUCAGAAGAGGUGAGCACAGGAACUGUGAUCGGAAACAUAGCGAAAGAAUUGAACAUCAAUGUUAAGGAAAUGGAAACACGCAUGUUUCAGAUUGUAUCCGGAUCCACAGCGAACUAUUUUGAUGUCAAAUUAACAACUGGAGAACUGUUUGUCAAAGAUAGAAUCGACAGAGAACAGGUUUGUGAAAGCAAUUUGAAGUGCGCCUUAACUGUAGAGGCAGUGGCUCAAAAUCCUCACAGUCUUUACAGAAUUCAAAUAAAUAUUUUGGAUGUAAAUGACAACGCACCGACGUUCCCUGCUAAUCUACUUACCUUGAACAUCACCGAAGUUGCUAACCUCGGAGAAAGGUAUCACUUGCCCAUAGCAGAGGACCCCGACACAGGAAGUAAUUCUUUAAAAGGCUACCGACUGAGUCCCAAUGAAUAUUUCUCUUUGGAAACGCAGAGCGAGGGCUUGCAAGGUCUAUCCGCUGAAUUAGUGUUGCAAAAAUCACUGGAUCGAGAAAAACAGCCUUUUAUAAAACUCGUAUUGACUGCAUUUGAUGGAGGUAAACCACCACAAUCCGGGAGCAUAGACAUCAUAAUAUACACAUUUGAUGUAAAUGACAAUAAUCCUGUUUUCACUAAAACUCUUUAUAAAGUUCAGGUGACUGAAAAUUUUCCCUUUGGAACCAAACUAAUCACUGUAACGGCCACAGAUGCAGAUGAAGGCGUGAACAGCGAGAUUGAGUAUUCUUUAAUUGGAAACAGAAAUUUAAAAGCUUCUGAAAAAUUCAGUAUAACGCCAGACACCGGAGAAAUACAAACUCAGGGACAAAUUGAUUACGAGGAAAGCCCUGCUAUCGAACUGCGAGUCCAAGCCAAAGACAAAGGCUCUCCACCACGUAGUGCACAAUGCAAAGUUUUAGUGGAGGUGAUAGACAUUAAUGACAAUGCACCAGAAAUAUCCAUUACACCUCUACUGCAAACUGUGAGAGAGGAUACAGCGCCAGGGAAAGCUGUUGCCCUUGUUAAAGUUUCAGAUCAAGACGGAGGGAAAAACGGAGCGAUUCAGUGCACCAUCAAAGAUGCAAUCCCUUUCAAACUCGACUCUAAUUAUGAUAACCAUUAUUCUUUAGUUGUAGAUAGUCCACUGGAUAGAGAAAGACAUUCCCAUUACAACGUCACCAUAAUAGCCACAGAUGGUGGCACCCCGCCUCUCUCCAGCGCUACUGAUUACACUAUGUAUGUCUCUGACGUUAAUGACAAUGCCCCACGCUUCCCAGAGCCUGUGAUAAAUGUAUACCUAAAAGAAAACACUCCCGUCGGAAGCCUUAUGGCGACAGUAAGCGCGUACGACCCAGAUUUAAACGAAAAUGCGCAAGUAUCAUACUCAUUAGUUGACAACAAAAGAAGUCACACCUCUGUGUCAAACAUGAUGAACGUCAAUUCUCUAAAUGGGGAAAUAUACAGCAUGCAGUCUUUGAAUUAUGAAGAAGUUAAAAAGUUCGAUUUUCAAAUCCAAGCAACAGACUCUGGUGUUCCCGCGUUAAGCAGUAAUGUGACUGUACAUGUUCUCAUCCUGGAUGAAAAUGACAACAGCCCUGUUAUUCUCCCGCCGUAUUCUGACCAAGGCUCCGUGAACUCUGAGAACAUUCCCUACUCUGCUGAAGCGGGCUACUUUGUGGCCAAGAUCAGGGCUGUGGACGCGGACUCUGGCUACAACGCGCUGCUCUCUUAUCACAUCUCUGAACCCAAAGGCACGAACCUGUUCCGAAUCGGAACCAGCUCUGGAGAAAUAAGGACCAAAAGACGUAUGAGUGAUAGUGACUUAAAAACACACCCGCUUAUCAUAACAGUGACUGACCACGGAGAGCCCCCUCUCUCUGCUUCUAUGUCAAUUGAUGUUGUGGUUGAAGAAGACACAGCGGACAAGCAGACACCUUUCAAACAACAAGUGCCACUUAUUGAGGACACAUUUUCCGAUCUCAAUCUUUAUCUGCUCAUCGCCAUCAUCUCAGUAACAGCUAUCUUUAUAGUGAGUCUCAUCACUUUAAUAGCAGUGAAAUGCCACAGGACUGAUGGUAUUUUCAGCAGCUGCAGCGCCCCCAUGAUCACCACUCACCCAGACGGGAGCUGGUCUUACUCUAAAACUACUCAGCAGUAUGACGUGUGCUUUAGCUCAGACACACUCAAGAGUGACGUGGUGGUGUUCCCAUCACCGUUUCCGCCCGCAGACGCAGAACUGAUCAGCAUCAACGGAGGUGACACUUUUGUGCGGACACAAACUCUUCCUAGUACGGAAAAGCCUCCUAACUCCAACAGCAACUCUCGUAAACAACAGGCUAAGUAA